AUGUCCUGCCCGCAAAUACUGCAAGGAGCCGCGGGUAGCACAUUCAACAAUCUUCUGACGUACUUGCUAGCAGCUCAAUGUCUUAUAACCGAACCGUGGCCGGAGGAUCACAGCGACAGAGUAUCAGACGCCGACACGUUCGACUUCAUCGUAGUCGGCUCAGGCACAGCGGGUUCCAUAGUGGCAAACAGACUGACGCAAAUACAAGAUUGGAAAGUGCUUCUUAUUGAGGCUGGUGAUAAUCCACCUAUUGAAUCUAUCAUUCCAAACUUCUCGGGAGCAACUCACAAUAGUAAACACGCGUGGCAAUAUUACACAGAAAAAGAUGAAACAACAAACAGGGGCUGUGUCGAUGGCAAAUCCUUUUGGCCCAGAGGCAAAGUUCUGGGCGGCACUGGAUCUAUAAAUGGUCUUCUUCACAUGAAAGGUAGCCCAGGUGACUAUGAACCGUGGCAUUUAAGAGAGAACGACGGUUGGGACUGGAACACAAUAAAGAAAUAUUUCAUGAAAAGUGAAAAAAAUAUUGAUCCGUUCAUACUGAAUAAUCCCGAACUAAGGAAAUCUCAUGGCACAGACGGCGAAUACACCGUGGAUCAGUUAAAUUUUACGCAUACUCACAUUGUGGAUAAACUUACCGCAGGUUAUAAAGAAUUAGGGUUGAAAUAUCUGGAUGAUCUAAACGGAUCCACGCAAAUGGGUUUUGGGAAAAUUCACGGAAGCAACUACAGAGGAAAACGUGUCAGUACCGCGACUGCUUUCCUUAAUUCUAUAAGAGAACGUAAAAAUCUUUACAUUGUAAAAAACACUUUCGCUACAAAAGUCAUAUUUAAAGAUAAGAUAGCAAAAGGUGUAACAGUUAUUGCCGAUGGGAAAGAAAAAACUUUCUUUACAAGUAAAGAAAUCAUCAUUAGUGCAGGCUCAGUAAACACACCUCAGCUACUCAUGCUAUCUGGAAUUGGACCUGGGAAGCAUUUAAAAGAUCUGAAUAUUAAUGUUAUUUCUGACUUACCGGUAGGUGAGAAUUUACAAGAUCACGUGCGAAUACCUAUACCCGUUGCAUUACAUACUGGGGAAAAGCCAAAGAACGAAAUUUACUGGCUCAAAGCUGCCGCACAAUAUUUAUUUGAUCAAACUGGUCCUCAUGCCACAAACUACGAUCAGCCCAAUAUAAAUGCUUUUCUAUCGGUUCCAGAUGGUAAAACCCUUCCUGAUGUACAGAUAGAUCAUAACUACUUCGUUCCGAACACCACAUACGUUUACUCAAUGUGUAACAACAUAAUGUCAUUCAAGAAAGAAAUUUGUGAACAGUUUAGGGAUAUGAACUCAAAAAGUGAACUUAUUAUAUUUUUUGUUUCAUUAUGCAGACCGCAUUCCAGAGGAAAAAUUAUGCUACGAUCUACCAACCCUACUGAUCAUCCUAAAAUUUUCGCGAAAUACUUUAGCGAUAACAGAGAUAUGGACAUCUUUGUGAAAAGUUUAAAACGAGUAGCACAAAUUGUUAAUACGGAUACCUUCAAAGCUGCUAAAGCAGAUUUAAAACGGAUAUAUUUUAAAGGCUGUGACGAUUACGCGAUAAGUAGUGAUUUAUACUGGGAAUGUAUGGCACGAGCUAUAACAUAUAACGUUUACCAUCCAGUAGGUACAGCAAAAAUGGGUUUCAGGGCGGACGCCACUGCCGUUGUAAAUAGUAAACUGCGGGUUUUUGGAGUUAGUGGACUGAGAGUAAUAGAUGCAAGCAUAAUGCCAACGAUAACGAGUGUUAACACUAACGCGGCAACUAUGAUGAUAGCGGAGAGAGGAGCCGAUUUUAUUAAGGAUGACUACUUUAAUUACUAUAAUAAGGAUGAGUUAUGA